UAUUUUUCUGACAUCUCAUUGAGUAAAUGACUUUACAGUAGGUAUUCAACCACUCUGGGAAAACAGAGUGCCAAACAACUAUCUACUAAGAAAUGAAUUAUUAUUUACUUGUGGUCUCCAUUCUAUGGUUUGUGACCUACUCUUCGGGUCAAGAUGCCUGGCAACUCGGCCCCUUCAUUAAGCAAGACGACGUAAAUCCAACCCUCCAUCCACGCAAUGACACCUUCUUCCUUUGCCCCAUUCAGGGCAGACCCAUCGCCUGGGAAGAAAAAGAUGUCUUCAAUCCAACCGCGCUGGUGAAAGACGGCCUCCUCCACCUCCUCUAUCGCGCUGAGGACACCGUCGGCACCCACUUCGGCACGUCCCGCAUCGGGCUCGCCAUAUCCACCGAUGGUCUCACCUUCACCCGGCUGACGACACCCAUCUUCUAUCCCGCCGACGAUGCCGCCCUCCCCGCCGAAUGGGACGGCGGGUGUGAAGACCCGCGAAUCGUGGAAUCCCCCACGGGCACCUACUUCAUGACCUACACCGCCUACAAUGGCGACAUGGCGCGACUCUUUGUCGCCUCAUCCCCCGAUCUCCUCACCUGGACGAAGCACGGUCCCGCCUUUGGUCCGCAGUAUGUCAACAUGUCGUCCAAGGCGGGCGCCAUCGUGACACGCUUGGUCGGCGAGAGAUUCGUGGCGGAAAGAAUUAACGGUUUUUACUGGAUGUACUUCGGCGACACGAACGCUUUCAUAGCGACGUCCAGCGACCUGAUCAGCUGGUCACCGCUGACAAGUCCGGAUGGAGAUCCGGACAAGUACAAUUUGACCAUGGUGCUCCGUCCAAGACCCGGGUAUUUUGAUUCCCGCUUGAACGAACCCGGUCCACAAGCCGUCAUUCGGGACGGGGUGGACGGGAUCUUGCUAAUUUACAAUGGAAUGAACUACAACGAGACGAUGGGCGGGGAUCCGAACAUUCCGGAGGAUACGUAUUCCGCGGGGCAAGCGCUGUUUAACGCGAGCAACCCGAUACAGCUGAUCAGUCGGACGGAGGAGUACUUCAUGACGCCGGAUAAACCGUACGAGGAGGUCGGACAGGUGGGAAAUGUGGUGUUUUUGGAGGGCUUGGUGAGGUAUAAGGGUGCCUGGUUUCUCUACUAUGGAACGGCAGACUCGAAAAUUGCGGUGGCUAAGACAGACGCUUAAAGGGAGAAUGUGGCAUAUGUAUGACAUGUUAAACCUGAAGUAAUAAAAAAAUGCGUACUAAUUUGAUACAAAUCUUGA